AUUGGGAGUUUAGAAAGUGAAGAUCGUGCUGAUAAUGAAAGUGUUCAAAAAGACAAGUCAAAAGAAUCAAAUUUAAAUGAAGUAAAUACAGAUGAUAAGAAUGUGAACAAAAAUGAAGAAUUUGAUUGUAUUUCUACAAAAACAUUUGAUUAUAUUACAGACAAAGAAAAUGAACAUAAUUCUGUUAAUUGUAUGGAUGAAACUAAUGAAGAUAUUAUGAGCUCUUCAGAAGAAAGUGUUAAUACUGAGGUUUCUAUGAUUGUUAAUGUGACUGGAGUAAAUUCUCAUGCGGCUGAUACAACAGAUGAUGAAAGUGAAGAACUUUCUUUGAUUUGUAUUGAUGAUAAUGAUGAUUGUACUAAAAAUACAGAAUGUUUAGAAGAUAAUAAUGGGAACAAAGAUAUAAACAAUGAAGAGGUUCCCAAUAUAAGUUGUAAAACAAAACUUUCCUCUGGAUCAAAUUUGUGUGAAGAAAAUCGAAAUGUAGACAAUGAUGGUACAAAUAUAAAGAAAAUUAAUGAGAAAAAAUAUAUUUAUAAAGAAAAAGUUGACUUAGAAAAUAAAAGUGAUUCUGAAUUUGAGGACAUUUUGGUUAAAAGAAGUAUAGAAGGAAGUAUUGAUAAGGUGGUUCCAGCAGGAUCAAAUUUAGAUGGAAAUAGUGAUGAUGCACAUGAAACUAAUACAGAUAAAGAAGAUGAGGAAAACUCUUGUGAUGAAAUUAUAAGGAAAUAUGUUCAAACAGAAUCACAGGAAGAUAUUGUUGACGCAAACCACUCAUUUCUAUUGGAUAAAUAUAAAGAUGAACUUCAUAAAUCUUCUACAAUUAGAGAAAAUAGAAAACGUAAAUUUACAGGUACAUCAAAAUGUAUACCUAAAAAAUCAACAGCUGUUCUUAAAAUUGUUCUUGAAAGGUUAAUACUUGAACGUGAUUCCAAAAACAGGAAUGUAAAUGAUAGUAAUGAAGAUGAUAUUGAUAAAUAUGAAGAUCCCGUUGAAGUUGGAAAUAUGGUCAGAUCAAAUAAACAUAUGAAUUCAUAUACAGAGAAUUGUUCUACCAAUAACAAUGAAAAAAUACAGAAACAUAAUAAAAGUAAAUCAUUUUGUAGAAUAAGUAGAAAUGAUUCUGGUAGUUCUACAGAUGAGGAAAAACAAAAAAAUGCAGUUAAAGAAAUAAAGAGUAAAUGUAUUGGAAAAAUUACUAAAACAAAUUUAAUAUUGAAAAAUACACCUGAAACACGUACACUUGUUAAUUUGAAUGGAUCAGAUACAUCUACAAACUUGAAAAAACCCAUGAAAAAUAGUAACGUUGCAAGAAAAAAAAAUGAUACUAUUCUAGAUAGGUCAGAAAAUAAGAUUAUAGAAAAUUCAGAUCAUUCCAAUAGUAAUGAUUAUUAUAAUUACGAAGAUAUUCAUAAUGAAGGUUGUUUCAAAGAAAGUGAUAAGAAUGAAGUUUUUACAAAAACAAACGUGGAAAUAAUUAGUGAUCACGAUGAAAAUAAAAUCGAAUUUACAUCUACAUUAAAUGAAGAUAUACAUAAAAAAUCAACAGCCCUAUUAAAAGUUGCCCUUGAAAGACUCGAUCACAAGAAGUUGUUUCAAAAAAAUUGGAUCACUAACUAUAGGGAUGAUGAGAAAACUGAUGAAGAAGAUAUAGAAGAAGAUACUGCUGACGUUGGAACAUUAAGAAAACGUUUCGUAACUAAUAAAAGAAGUCGAGACCAUUCUCAUGCUGAUGAUAGCUCUACAGACUAUGAAUAUGAAGUAAAGCGAAGAUUUAAGAGAAUUAAAAUAAGGCAAUCAGUUCGUAGAAGAAUCAAAAGAGACAGCAACAUAUCUAAUAUUUCUACGGGAGAAGAUAAAUAUGUAAUUGAAGAAAAAGCGAAGUCGUCUAAAAACAAUUCAGUUGCGAAUGUAAAUGGAACUAUUAGAAAUAAACUACGUGAAAGAAAGAGAAUCUUUUCGGAUACUUAUUCAUCAUCCAGUACAUCCAGUAGUCCAGGUAGAUUUUCAUUAAAAAAUGAAGAUGAAAAUUUGAUAAAAUCGAAGAAAAACAAAUAUGAAGAUGAACAAAUAAGUGUGCCAAGUUUAAAUCAAAAUGUCGAAUCGAAUAUUAUUGUUUUAAGUUCCGUCACAGACGAUGAAAGCAAUUCUUUUGAUAAUGAUGAAAUAACGAAGAAAUCUAGCGGAUAUUCAGUGCUAAUUACCCCCUUUAAAACCAAGAAAGACGAUAGUUCAAUGGAAAAGAAGCCAGAUAAUACCACAAAAGAAUUGAACAUUAUUUUGGAAGACCUCGGAAGUUCGCAAUUAGUGUCUGCCAAUAAUAAAAGGAUCAUCAGUACGAUGGAAAGAGACCGAAUUGGAGCUUGGGGCAACGGAGAUCAUUUGGCACCCGGAAAAGUUUCUGGUCUGGAAAGGUUAAGACUACCAGCUCUGAAUAAGGGAUUGGCUUUUACUUUCGAAGAACGACAGAUACUUGGCAUCCACGGGUUGUUACCACCAGUAGUAAAAACUCAAGAACAGCAAAUUGAGCAUUGCAAACAAUGUUUGGACAGAUUAGACAACGAUUUGAACAAAUACUUGUAUCUGAUUGCAUUAUUAAAUCGCAACGAAAAAUUAUUCUUCAGUUUCGUUCGAAAAUAUGUGCACGAUAUAAUGCCGUUAGUGUAUACGCCCGUUGUAGGAUUGGCGUGUCAAAAUUUUGGUUUGGUUUAUAGAAGAGAGCGUGGUAUAUACGUCACUAUAUACGAUAAGGGACACGUUUACGAAAUCAUGAAAAAUUGGCCAGAGGAAGACGUACGAGCAAUAGUAGUUACUGACGGGGAACGUAUUUUAGGUCUAGGAGAUCAAGGAGCGUGCGGUAUGGGAAUACCAAUUGGUAAACUUUCCCUUUAUACCGCUCUAGCUGGUAUUAAACCUCAUCAAUGUCUACCAAUCACUAUCGAUGUUGGUACAAAUAAUGAAACGCACUUGAACGAUCCUUUGUAUAUAGGUCUAAGACAAAAGCGAGUGCGAGGUCAAGAUUACGAUGAAUUGUUAGAUGAAUUCAUGGAGGCGGUGGUACGAAGAUGGGGACAAAAUACUUUAAUACAAUUCGAAGAUUUUGGUAAUUCGAACGCCUUUAGGCUUUUGGAAAAGUACAGAUAUAGUUAUUGUACUUUUAACGACGACAUUCAAGGAACCGCAAGUGUUGCUGUAGCCGGACUUUUGGCUUCACUUAGAAUUACCAAAACGAGAUUAUCUGAUAACGUGAUUGUAUUCCAAGGUGCGGGUGAAGCUAAUUUGGGUAUAGCUCAAUUGUGCGUGAUGGCGAUGAAAAAUGAAGGAACUUCGGAAUAUGAUGCAAAACAAAAAAUCUGGAUGGUGGAUUCCAAAGGACUGAUAGUUAAGGGGAGACCGGAAGGAGGGAUAUCUGAACAAAAAGCAGUUUACGCGCAUUGUCACGAACCCGUCAGAACCUUAACCGAAGUAGUAAAAUUAAUAAAACCAUCGAUUCUUAUCGGCGCUGCGGCCAUCGGCGGUGCAUUUACUACAGAAAUUUUACAAGAAAUGGCAAAGAACAAUAAAAAUCCCGUAAUAUUCGCUCUAAGUAAUCCUACUAAUAAAGCCGAAUGUACGGCCGAAGAAGCUUAUAAGGCAACAAACGGCACUGCAAUAUUUGCCAGCGGGAGUCCUUUUGAUCCUGUUACUUUUAACGGAAAAACUCACACGCCCGGACAAGGUAACAACUCUUACAUUUUCCCUGGUAUUGGCUUAGCCAUAGUUACAGCUGGUAUCCAACACGUUGGGGAAGAACAUUUCUUAAUUGCAGCUGAGGCUUUAUCAGACUUAGUCUCAGAAAGUGACUUGGAGAAUGGAAGUAUAUAUCCUCCACUAACAACUAUUGUGAAUUGUUCCUUAAAAAUUGCCACCAGGCUCGUUGAAUACGCCUAUAAAAAAGGUAAUGCUACGGUCCAACCGGAACCAGAAGAUAAGGAAGCAUUUAUUAAAGCACAAAUGUACAAUACUGACUAUGAACCCGCUUUUCCAAUGGUAUAUUCAAUUCCGAAAAUCAAAUAAAACAAGUAAUAAUUACAUUGUAAAUGCUGUUAUGUUAUUUCAAUUUGUAAAUGUCAAAUAUAUAAAUUAACCACAAUAAAAAUUUUGUAAAAUGGCACUGUUCUAUCUAGACAUUGUUUCCUAUUCCUCUAAAUCAAAUAGUUACUAAUUAGAAUCCAACUGUGUGUGAUAAUUGAAUAUGGGGCCUUUCAGUCCACCUAGACCGGUAUUGAGAGAUAGUCUGAAUAGCACGAUAGAAAAACUCGAUAACGAUUGAUG